AGACUUCAGCUAGCUUUCGCAUCAUCUACAUCGCAGAGAGCCGUGCACGUAUAUAUAUAUAUAUAUACAGAUAACUCAUAUAUAUUUAUACUUAAAAUCAUAUCUCUCUAUACAACUCUUUCUUCUUCUAAACUUACUUAAAUGCACUUUUACCAGAAUAAACGGAUAUAAUAAUAUUUGUAAGAAAGACUGUCUGAUAAACGUCUACUGAAGAUAAUUGCAAAGGCUAUCUACUUCCUUUAUUACUCAACAAGAACUAUAUAUUAUAUAUUCAUAUACAAUAUUAUAUAAUAUAAUUAGUUUAUUCAAGUUUUUUUUCCAUCUUUGCAAAAGGACUUUUUAAAGAUCAUGACGUCAUGCACUUGACUGUUACAUCGACCUUUUACGAUGACCAUAAUGUGACAACACCGUCAAUUCUAACCGAUGAAUAUUCUUUGUAUAAAGAAAUAUUGCAAUUUGCUACUCAUACUGGAGUCAUAAUUUUAUUGAGUGUACUUAUUGCUGUCGCUUGUAUAUUCGUUCUGUGCGGCUUAUUAAUGAAAGCCGAAGCUCACGUCAACACAUCAGUUAACAGAAACGACGCCUGGCUUCAGCGUUCAAUCAUGGAUGAGGGCGACUUUUAAAAAAAACGCUUAUUUGGGUGUGGUCCUUUAUCUACUUAAAAUAUACAUAGUAUUCUCAACAAGAAGUAUCAAACAGGCAUUUAUG